CUUCCUCCCUCCUCCCCCUCGCGGUUAUCAUUUCAGGCUGAUCUCUUCGGCUCGGCAGCCAGUGUCCCUCUGCGCUCCCAGCCGACUCGUCGUCCUGGUCUCUCCGUCCACCGUCCAGAGUACCUCUCUCGGAGCUCUCUCGGAGCUCUCUCGGCCCCUGUAGCCCUCUGGCUUCGGCUGGGCUUCACGUCCUCCACUCUUCCACCAUGCGGUCUCUGUUGGAGAGCAGCUGGAUGAAGUUUGGACCGGCCGGCCGGGACUCUCUGGACUGGUCGCCUGGACCCUCGGCUCUGCCCUCCACCGACAGACAGGCACCGGUGAUCCAGUCUAACCUUUUUGUGUCUGACUCCCCGGGCCAGAGCUCAGGUGAGGCCAUCAUCAGCGCCAGAUCCAUUGCCUACAUCACCAUAGCGACCAUCUCCUUCCUCCUCCUCCUCCUCUUCAGUGUUCUGGGCUUCCUGAUGUGGCGGCGCCGCCACGGCUUCGGCCUCGGCGGCAAGCUGGGACUGGCCAAUGUGAUCGCCCUGGAGGACCUGCAGGAUCCCGAGAGGAACUGCGAGCUGCUGUCGUCCAUCCGGCGCAGCAGGGGGCAGCACCGGCUGCCCAGCUCCAGCUCCGAGCAGGACGUGACGGACGGCGUGUUCCUCAUGGUCUACCUGCCCUCGCCGUACGAACAGACGCUCACCAGGAUUGCCAGAGCCGCCAGCACGAGCAGCUCCCAUAUGGAGCUGCUGCCGCCAAGUCCCGGGCCAGAGACGGGCAGGGAAGAAGGGGACGGGACGAGGCUGAACGACGGGGCAAUCGUAGAGGGAGAAAUUCAGCACUGAAGCAGAGGCCAAAUACAAAGGAGAGAAGAGAAUAGAGGAUUCACAACAUACUAGGGCUGUUGGAAUGAAUUCCGAAAGUCGAAUAAAAUUACUAUUUG